AUGAAUAACGAUAUAAAGAAUGAACUAAUAAAUAACUUACCUUUUAAAUUUAGUGACAUAAGUCUAAAUUCUUUUGAAAAGAAAAAAGAAAAAGAUAAAGAUUAUAUACCCGAUGAAGAUGGUGGGCACACAUGGGGAGAUUUUUCAAGGGAUAAGAUAGGCAACGUGAAAAAAAAAGAAAAACAAAAAAAAAAAAAAGAUAAUGAGGAUUAUAGUGAUGAUAAUAAUGACAACAAUAAUAAUUAUAGUAGUGACCAUAAUAAUAAUAAUAAUAAUAGUAGUAGUGACCAUAAUAAUAAUAAAAGAUUAGUUCUCUUAAAAGAAAAAUUAAAAUACAACCAUUAUUAUUAUGCUGGAAAACUAGCCGAAAAGGAAUGGGAAGAGAACUACGAUAAUUUAAAAAAAAAAAGUCAAUUGUUCAAAGAUGUGCUAGAAAAAGACAAGGGAAAAAAUUUCUCCACCUUUAAUAUUACAAAGAAUGAAAAAAUAUGUAAUAUAAAAGAAAAAGCUCAAAAAAAAAAACAAAACAAAAAUCAGAAAAAUUUAAAAAAAAAAAAUUUUAAAAAGGAACAUAACGAUAUUUCAUUUAAUGAUACUUAUACUAAAUAUUCUUCUUCUCUUAACGAUUUUAAUGAUAUUUCAGAUUCUUUAAAUUUAAAAAAUGAUAUAAUAAAUAAUGAAGAAGAAUAUAAUUUAACAAAUUCCCUAUUUCAGUCAUUUCCGAUGGAACAAAAUUUACCCCUCUUCAAAUAUAAAAAGGAAAAUAAACAAGAUUAUGAUAAUAAUGUAAAGUGCAGAGAAUAUGAUGAAAAAAAAGUACCCAAAGGAAUAAUACAUGAAAUAAUAGAAGGAGAAGAAGAAGAAGAAGGAGAAAACAAAAAAAAAAAAAAAAAAAAGAAAAAAAAAAACACCCUUGAUAUUGUACAUAAUGUUAUUAAUAAAAAGAUAAGUUAUGAUGAUAAUGUAAAUAUUCCUUAUUUUGAAGAUGAUGAUAACAAAACAAAUAUCUUAGGUGAAAACAUGUCAAACAUUUUUGAAGAAGAUAAAGAACUUGAUUUAUUUUCUUCAUUUAAAGAUAUAUUUAAUAAUCAUAAGAAAAAAAUAAAACUUAUUGAUUACAACAAAAUAUUGAAUAAAAGUCUUUAUGACAACGUGGAAAAUGUGGAUUCAUUAAUUGCACAAGAGAAAAGGAAAAAAGGAAAAAAAGAAGAAAGAAAACCCCAAAAGAAAAAAAAAAAAAAAAGGAACAAUGAUCAAAAUAGUGCACAUAAUGAAGAAAAUAUGAAACAAAUAAAAAAUAAUGAUAAUUUUAAUAACAUGCAAAGUUUGAAUGAAUAUAAUGAAAAGGUCAGGGGAAAUUUCUUUGAGAAAAAAAAAACUGAAAAUGACGUUAAGGAAAUUAUUAAAAAUAUUAAAAUGCGCUUAGGCUUUUAUUCAAAUGAAGAAAGCGAUAGUCACGAUAUUAAAUGUCUUGAAAAUGAUGAUGAUAAUGAUGAUGAUGAUAAUAAUGAUGAUAAUGAUGAUAAUAAUGAUGAUAAUGAUGAUAAUAAUGAUGAUGAUGAUAAUAAUAAUGAUGGUGAUGACGAUAAUAAUAAUAAUAAUGAUGAUGAUAAUAAUAAGAAUGAUAUUUAUAAUAAUCUUAUUAUUAAUGAGGAAGAAGAAAAACAAAAUCUUGAAAAUUUAAAAGACAAUAUUAAUAUACCAUAUACAAGUAAAGAGUUAUAUACAUAUAAAGAAUAUUCCAAAAAAUUGGACUGUAAUGAUUUGAAUAAAUUAAGUGAUGAAAAAGAGACAACUAAAAAUAUAUCAAAUGAUCUUGAAUUAAUAAAAAAAGAAAAAAAAAAAAAAAAUGAUGACACUUUUUUUUUUAUAUCACACAAUGAAAAAGAUAAAAAUUAUUUGUUUCCAUAUGAUCAUAAGGGUGAUGAUAAUUAUAAUGAUGAAGAUAAAAAUAACUUGUUGCCAUGUGAUCAUAUAUGUGAUGAUAAUUAUAAUGAUGAAGAUAAAAAUAACUUGUUGCCAUGUGAUCAUAUAUGUGAUGAUAAUUAUAAUGAUGAAGAUCUAUUUUCUCUAUCCAUGUCAUCAAUAACAUUUGAUAAAAGAAAAGGUAUAAAAAAUAUGGAAUGUAAGAAAAGUAUCGAAUGUGUGGACGACAAAAAUAAAUUAAGUAUUAAUUAUGAUGAAAAUAAUAAUAAAAACAUCUUAUCAUAUAACAUAAAUGUACAAGAUGAGAAUGAUAAACUAUAUAAAAAUGAGCAAAAAAUAAAACAAGAUAUUUAUAAUGAUAACGAAAAUGAUAAACUAUAUAAAAAUGAGCAAAAAAUAAAACAAGAUAUUUAUAAUGAUAACGAAAAUGAUAAACUAUAUAAAAAUGAUCAAAAAAUAAAACAAGAUAUUUAUAAUGAUAACGAAAAUGAUAAACUAUAUAAAAAUGAUCAAAAAAUAAAACAAGAUAUUUAUAAUGAUAACGAAAAUGAUAUGUUAAUAAAUUCAAUGUCACCAGAGAAUACAAAAUAUAUAAAAAAUAUAAAAGAAAAUGAUAAGCUCUUAAAGAACGUAAUGAAAAAAGAAGAAAUAGACAAAAAAGAAAAAUCAAAUAUAUGUAUUUGUAAAUAUAUUGAUAAGUAUGAUAUGAAGAAUUUAAUUGAUGAAAUUAAAAAAAAAAAAAAAAAAAAUGACGUCGAAAAUUCUAAUAAUUCAUAUUCAGAAGAUGAUGUCUGUUUUUAUGAAUUGUAUAAAUUUAUAUGUAGUAAUAACAUAGAAGGUAAUAACGAAAAUAUUUUUGAUGAUACAAAUAUAAAUGUAGAAAAUGUUUCUAGUAAUAUUGAUAAUUAUAUGCAAUCUAUUUUUAAUAAUCAAAUUAAAUAUUUGGAUAAUCUAAUAUCUCAAAUUUUUUCUUAG